AUGAAAGCAAACGACACCGAGCGUGUGACGAGGGAGACCAGGUCUGAUUCGUUCCAGCAAGAUGCCCUCUUGGCUGCAUCCCCCGAGAUGCGAUAUAACGAAUCUGUGGAGAGAUUUAGACGCACAGAAUAUCCUAACAUGGACCGAGGAGUAUAUCUUGACCAUGGAGGUGCUACCAUCUAUGCUAAGUCACUAGUAACGGAUUUUUCGGAUGAGAUGGUUACGAAUCUCUGGGGGAACCCCCACUCGGAGAAUCUUCCCGCCAAGUUAUCCGGGGACAUGGUGGACCGCAUCAGGGUCAGAGCGCUCGAAUUUCUAGGUGCUGACCCCAGGCAUUAUGAUCUCGUUUUUGCCGCCAACGCAACGGCGGCUAUCAAAAUCGUUGCCGAAAGCUUUCGAGAUCUCGCAGAUAGGACUGUCAGCAAAACCUUCUGGUACGGUUACCACAGCGAAGUUCACUCGAGUAUUCUAGGGAUAAGGGAGCUCUCGGUGGGGUCAUACCAUUGCUUCGACAAUGACAGCCGAGUAGAGCAAUGGCUCGCUGAUCCACGCGGCGCCGUGGUCAACAAUGCCGACUCCAACAAGCUGGGUCUCUUUGCUUAUCCCGGACAAUCCAACCUCAGCGGACGGCGUCUCCCAAGGUCCUGGACGGGUAGCGUGAGAAGGAAUUCCCAGCUGCGAAACACCUACACAUUAUUCGAUGCCGCCGCACUAGCGAUGACUACUUCUCUUUCACCUUUGUUCUCUGACCUCAACACAGCGCCAGAUUUUACCUGCCUGUCUUUCUACAAGAUUUUUGGCUUCCCUGAUCUAGGAGCCUUGAUCGUGCGCCGGUCAUCUGGUCAUGUGCUUAACCUGCGCAAGUACUUUGGUGGGGGUACCAUCGCCCAGGUGUUCCCGCUGAAUGGAGACUCUCAUUCAUCGAGGAAAGUUCCUGGAUUAGGAGAUGCCGAGAGCACGUGGGAUAUACAUGAUGGUCUCGAAGACGGGACUUUGCCAUUUCACAGCAUUCUAGCCCUUGGUGUGGCCAUAAAAACUCAUUCUCGACUAUACGGUUCCAUGGAAUUUAUCUCUCGUCACUGCUCGUACUUGUCACGUUACCUAUACUCGGGCUUGGCAUCGUUAAAGUAUCCCAACGGGUCUCCCCUUGUUGAGAUAUAUGUCGACGAUCCAGUGGUGUUUGGAGACCCUUCCAGACAAGGGGCCACGAUCGCUUUCAACGUGAAAAAUAAGGAAGGGUAUUAUGUACCCUGGACGAGCAUCGAGUCGAUGGCAAACGAUGCGGGCGUUUAUAUCAGGGCGGGUGGUGUCUGUUGUCCCGGUGGCGUCUUGAGAGCUCUGAAAUAUGAGGGCUGGGAAUGGAGUAGGAUGUUUUCGAGCGGACAUUCAUGUGGACGCAAUGAAAUAGCAGUCAUCAACGGAAAGCCAACUGGGGUUGUUAGAGCCAGUCUUGGACCCAUGACAACAAAGGCGGACGUACAUGCCCUCUUGCAGUUUCUUCAUAACACAUUCACAGUCUCUGAAGACUCCCUCGAUUCAAACAAUCCAUCUGGCUGCCGCUACGCGGAUGACAUAUGUGGACGGAGCCACUGUCUUGAGGCGCGCCAGCCAACCCAGCCGUUGAUCUGCCAGCCUGAGGAGGUGUCGUUGGGGGGAGGAGAGGGACCAGGAUGA